GACAGAUUAUGUAUUCCACAUAUCGUGCGAAUGAGUGUAGCGAAUCACCAAUGCAUGGCAUCGAUUCAAUAGAUCUCAAUCUGAACAAUACGCGUCUGUCGUAUUGGGGAACUUAUGGGGAAAAGUGCACAAACCUUUUUACAUUUAUUUUUCAUAUUAAGCUUCCUCUUUUCAGUUCAGUGCCUCUGAUUUUACAACGCACAUUUAUUGCGGUGUGUUGCGGUGUGUUAUGAUACCGUGCUUCGCUUUGGGGUGGUAGACUGUUAUGCUCUCGGUGCCGUUUUGGAGAACCGUGCAUGCUGUGGAAUGCAAACUGUAUCACAUAUCACAUCGGGAAGCAUAUAGGGAACUAUGCACAAAAAGGCUGCAUGAUGAAGUCUGACAGCUGAACGCAGAUUUUUGCAGAAACAAGGAAAUUCCAAAACUCGGGGCACUUAUCGCCUCGGAAAUAAACUUGAUCCUUGAUCAUCAAGGGGAAUGCUUUUUAGCUACACGUAUGCAGUGCAUGCUUUCGGUUUGGACAAUGUUUUACUAGUCUGGACUAGAUCGUCUACUAGGGCCGAGUGUGCAUCCAACCCUUCCGUAAUUCGCCAUAGGCAAUAGCUGUGACAUUCAAUGGAAUCAAAUUGACUUGUUUGCCGAACGGGCUUCAUUAACGAUUGAGUCCAAACAACGAACAAAUCUUACAAAUUGAUCAUAUAGUGGUGGAAUGGAAUAAAAGCGUGUAAUUGAACACUUUCGAGAACUACUCUGUCAUUCAAAAUGUGUCAAUGAUGAAACAUCAGACGAGCAACAGGUGAAACUAGGGUCACACACUGUUCUUAUUAACUGGCUAGAAGAAAGGAGGUCGUCCGAAUCAUCAUGGCCGGGCCUGAUAGCCUUCGAAAUCUGUCUAACCUUGACAUCAUUAGGCUUACCAAGGACAUUGACAGAGACGAGUACUACCGACUCGGUGGGGUUUUAGGAUUCGGCGAAGACAUCCUGGACCAUCUUUGGGAUCCGGCGCAGAAGGGCAGUGCCUUGAAGGUGGUGCUCCUAUGGAGGGAUGGUCUUGAACCGGAAGUCGACCAAAGAGCCAUCCUGGGGGAAAAGCUGUCUCAAGCAGGGCUGGACGAUAAGUGGGAAUAUCUAUUGAGUGGUCUACCUGCGUCACCUGUUGCCAGCAAGUCAGCUAACUCCACACGUCUAAAAGGGUCCAGUGCCCCUGUGCUACCAAUGAAACAAUCCAAACAGGGAAACAACGGGCUCCACCCAUCCGCAGUUACUGAAAGAAGUGAUAUGAUUGCGGAUUCGAGACCGGACGAACACAAUGGAAAAGACGAUGCCCUCCCCAUUCUUCUAGGUAUCACCGACGACAGUGAUGAUUCGGAUGGUGAGAACUACAUCAAUGUGUCAAACGAAACUCUUCGAAAAGGAUCAGCUAGUAUUGCUUCGGUUUGUUCAAAGCCUAGAUUGCCGUUCCAUAGCUCUGAAGAAAUCAAUAUCCCAGAGGAACGCCAAAGUUGCUUAAUGGAAUCCCAACCCGUCGUACCACCUUCCAAAGUUAGCGCUGAUAGCACUACAUGGGUUAAUGAUGACCAGUUCCAGAGCCAGCAUGACAGUGGGGACAAGGAAGCAGUCAAGCAGUCAGAAACAGAGCAAGACCAUGAUCUUCAAAAGUCUUCUACGUUUAACGAGAACUUGUCGAUAGCUAACUCGAAAUCAGAUCCCGCAGAGACCUUGAGACCUGUUCACGCAAAACCGAAAAUACCUGUCAAACCUUCUCGUGGAGCCAUAGACCCAAUGGUGUUACGUCAGCCAGUUGUGAAUGAAAAGCCUAAUCAACCCGAUGACCCGCAGAACAAUUCGGAAGCUCUACAAAAUACCCCCAUCAAGGAUGACAAAGCCCAACCAUCUUCAUCGCAGCCCAACACCACGCUGCUAAAUGAUGAAGACGUCUCAAUGAAUGUCCCAAGCACAGACAAUACUGACGGACAUAAGGAAGCAGAUAUUGCUCCUUUGGUGAGUUCAGAUACUAUGAAAUUACAGGGCAAACUGUCAACAUCAGUCAAGGACUCUUAUCUACUCCAAACUCCAGUAACUCAAGCAAGUACCAUUCAAGACGACCCAAGAUCCGAGGUAGGGAACGGACACCAAGAGCCCUCUUACGCAUCAACAACAGCUCAAUUGAAUUCCCAGGGACCUCCUGUCGCUCCAUAUCAAACAAGAUCACCAGUAGGUCCUAGUAUAUCCUCUUCUCCGCAGGUUCCGUCUAUAAAGCAUGUUCCUGUCACGCACUCGUCAUCGGUAACGGCAAACAGACUGACGCAGCUACCAGGAACUCUGCCUAAAUCAUUGUCGCAAAAGGGGGCGCACGACGCUCAGUCUGAACCUGACAGACAUUUUCAACGGGCUGAGACACUCCUAAACAAGCCAAUGGAAACCACUCUAGAUCCCAGUAUGAACAAACAGAGCUCGUCGUUCCUAAUACAGCAAGGUCUGAAUGAAGACGUUCUUCGAGCAUUAGCAGGGGAUAUAACGACUGGCGACCAGCUCAGGAAACUUGGGCUUGAACUUGGCUUCAAGGAAGCUGAUAUCAACGGAUUUGAAGCCAUGAACCAUCGGACAACCGCCCAAUCCAUGGAAGGUACUUUUGACAUGCUGCUGAAAUGGAAGUCAACGGUUUCCGGGGAGGACCAGUCAUUGCUGUUGAAGCACGCCCUCAGGCGUUCUAAUCUCGUGAAAAUGGCAGAUUCACAUCUAAAGACCACUAAGAGACGAAGAGAUAUCAGGAGCGUUAAAAUAGCAAAGAAUUUCACAGUUUCAGACUGCCGCGAAAAACUUGAAUUCCACUACAGGCUGAAAACCACCGAUAUCCUCAAGAAACUUGAAUUUUCGAAUUCAGACAACGAUCUUCCGGUCAUAGUUGUUCAUCGCAUCGUUAAGCGUGGAAAGAACAUGUACGUGGAGAAGAUCCCUCUAUUAGAAGGGUCUGUCAAUGAGAUUUUGAGGACGAGAAAAAAUGGUGCUUUGCCGACCAGGAUCGUAAUAUUUGGCCGUGCUGGAAUAGGCAAGAGCACGUUGGUGGCUCAGAUGGCACAAGAAUGGGUUGAACGGGUUCCAGGUUCCCCGCUCCAGGAUGUCUCUCUUCUGUUUGUUCUCAAGAUGAAGUUCCUCGACAAUCAUGGUUCUUUGGGACAGGCCAUCGUCAACCAACUCCUAAAUGAUGUCCGAGGAUUGACCGCUCAAGGAAUCGACCAACUCAUUGAAGACAACCAAUCCGAGUGUAUGGUUGUGCUUGAUGGGGUGGAGGAGUUCAGAGGGGAGAUAUCUUCGAUGAAGUGUGGUCAUGUCAUGCGUGUUGUCCAAAACAUCCAGCUAAUGAAGUGCCGUGUCAUUGUAACGAGUCAUCCUCGACUGGAAGACUACUUCAACAAAGAGGACUUGCCAAACGACUUCCUCAAGAUGGAGCUUCAAGGGCUUUCCAAGGUACAGUCGACAUCGUUCAUACGUUCUUUCUUCAGAGAUAAUGUGUUGCACACGGCCAAUGAGCUGAUGGUGUUCCUAGAAAUGAACGAUGUAAUCAACGACCUUUUGGCCACGCCUCUUUUCUGCCUCCUUGCGUGUCAUCUCUGGGAAUGUAAUCUUCUGCAGCUCGUGACGACCGAGUCGGAUUUCUUUGACAGUGUACAUCGCUUCUUCCUCAAACAUGGAGAAGAAAAGGCAUCCACGUCAUCAGGGGAUACCGACCUUGAAAUGAUUGUCCAAGGAAUAGGAGAGGUCGCCUUCAACGGUCUCCUUGAAAGCUCCAACAAACGUGCCUUUGGACAAAAUGACUUCAAGAAGAUUUCGGCAACCCUUCAAAAGGCAAUUUCGCUCGGCAUCAUCUGCAAGACAAGCUAUAAGAAGCUCGACGACACCGGCUUUGAAUUCUAUCAUCACAAUGCCCAGGAGCACUGCGUGGCAAAGUAUUUGUCGAAAGAAGUGAAGUCGAAGAUAGCCAAAGGAAAACAUUCUCGUCUGGACAAAGCAUUGAAGCAGAUGGCAAAGAAAGACCUUGCAGAUUUCGGCCGGGUGCUCCGGUUUACAGCUGGCCUUGGCAGCCCUUCAACCGGCUUACAAAUGAUAGAGACAAUUCAUUCUGAUAAUAAGGUGCCGCUGGGUGACAAGACUAGGAUGAUCCUGGACUGCUUGGCAGAGAUCCCACAGCUGGACAAACAGACGACGUACGCAGUUGAACGGUGCUUUGCAGGAGGGAAUGUCCUGAUUAACCUACCAACCAUACACACCACGAUCGGUUUCUACAAACUCCCUCCAUUCGUAAAAGAAAAGGUCCAAAGUGUAACCAUCCAGAGUUCCUGCAUGCCCCCACACAUCGCCAAGAGGUUGUCGAUGGGUCUGCAAGGAUAUCCAGAUCUACUGAAGCUCGAGGUGGCCGAUGUACAGAAUCCAACAUAUCCUGUCAUCCUACUCCUGCUCAAUAAGCUGUCUCUUCAUCUUGCUCCCGAGGGCGCCCUCUCAAUUAUACCCGACCUCAAUCAGAGCAUCUUUAAUGGACUUCGGCUUGUCGAUCUAUCGGACUGCUACCUGUCACCGGAGGUGACGGCCGUGCUGUGGACUGCGCUGGCCAAAUGCCCAAACAUCGAGGUGAUGACUGUCAAGAACUCCACGAUCCUCAGCCGGGACCUACCGCGCCUCGGGUGCAUCGCAGUUCUACAGGCGAACUUCCGGUCCCCGGUCCUUCCGGAGGAGGUGGGUUGGUUGAGCAGCAUCCUUGGAGACGCGAAGUACUCGACAGAGGUGAGACUGACCAUUGGGGACGGAGAAGAUGGAACCAUACGACGUGCAGGAGUCGGUGUCCAGGAGCACGUCCUGAUGGUGGAUGACAGAAUUGACCUCACUAACGCAACGGGAAAUACCAUGAAGGUUCUUAACGUGCUACCAGACUCGUACAGAAGGAAGGUCAGGACGCUAUGCAUCAAGAGAACCCGCUUCACCGAUGACCUGAUCCGCCCCUUGCUCGACUUCGUCCACUCCUUGAUUCGCCUGGAGACUUUCUCCACAGAGGACCGCAACAUCCCAGAGGAAAUCAAACAGCUUCAGGUCUUCAAGGGAACCUUCCAAAGACCAACGAACGAACUUCCAACCAUGGGGGAAGAUGGGGUUCUCAAGGGGAGUGUUUCUUCCCCUCUACGGGAGGAGGAGUUCGAGCGUCUAAGUAGUGCCUUCGGCGGCCCCACCACCAUUCAACAGGUGCACAUUAUCAUCGAGCACGACCGAAGAUCGGAGACGAACUUUCAGGAGCUGCUGGAUAUCACUGGGGACAGCAUGGAACUCUGCAAUGUGUCUUCGACUUCCAUUGAGAUCAUGAAGAUGUUCCCGGCGUCUUUUAGACAAAAGAUGCACUCUGCACGCAUCAAGAACUGCAAUCUGACCGAUGAUCUUUCACAGCAGCUAUCGGAGACACUUCAGUCAAUGGAUGAACUGGAGAUGUUCUUAUCUGAGAAUAGUGCCCUCGGUCAGAAAGCCCUUCAUCUAAAGACUGUCACCGUACUCGAUCUUGGACGCUUCUCCUCGACCUGCUACGAUUGGGAGUGGCUUGACAGCGCGGAGCUGCUCGAAGAACUGCAUCUUACCUUUGCAUCCUCACUACCACCUACUCCCACCUCGCCCACCACGCCCACAUCACCAUCCACCCCUAAAGGUGCGACGGCCACACCCUUCCCUGCGAUCAGCCCGAUCUACGAAGACAUUCCGGAGAGGUUGGAUCCUUCGGCCGCUGACAAAGUAUCAGGGGAGGAGGACUUCCAUCUGCAGGUCUCCGUUGGCAGGCUGGUGAUGACAAGGAUGUCUUCCUGCAGCUUGUCUGUGAUGUUGCAUCUGCCUAAACAUCUGAAAGAUGAGUUGCGUCAUGUACGAGUCCGUUCAACCAAGCUGACUGUUGACGUACUAGACCGCCUCGCCGAUGUUCGCCUAUCUUUCAAGCACCUCGCGCCACUGCCUCUGCAGGCACUGUACCGAAGACCUGUCAAGUACGGGUGCAUAUUUCAACCAGGCGCGAUAAAGCCCGUCGUGGGACAGUGGGACUGA